CCCAGCGAGGGCGAGCCCGAGUGGCCGUGGCCGUGGCCGCCCUGCGACGAGCGGCUGUGCCUGGCGCUGCCCAUGUGGGUGCUGGUUCCCAUCACCGCCGUCUGCCUCGGGCUCUUCGUGCUCGGCGUGGCGGGCAAUGUCCUCACGGUGCUGGUCAUCCGCAGCUACCGCGACAUGAAGACCACCACCAACCUCUACCUGGGCAGCAUGGCCGUCUCGGACCUGCUCAUCCUCCUGGGGCUGCCCUUCGACCUCUACCGCCUCUGGCGCUCCCGGCCCUGGAUCUUCGGGCAGCUGCUGUGCCGCCUCUCGCACUACCUCAGCGAGGGCUGCACCUACUGCACCAUCCUGCACAUCACCGCCCUCACCGUGGAGCGCUACCUCGCCAUCUGCUUCCCCCUCAAGGCCAAGGUGGUGGUCACCAAGCGCCGGGUGAAAGCCACCAUCGGCGUCCUUUGGGCCUUUGCCUUGCUCUCCGCCAGCCCCUUCUUCUUCCUGGUCGGCGUGGAGCAGCCCGAGAACCAGACGGACUUCAGCCGCGAGUGCAAGCCCACCCCGCAGGCGCUGCAGUCCGGCCUGCUGGCCACCAUGUUCUGGGUCACCACCUGCUACUUCGUGCUGCCCGUCACCUGCCUCAGCGUCCUCUACGGCUUCAUCGGCCGCGAGCUGUGGCGGAGCAACUCCCGCCUGCGGGGCCCCAGCUCGCUCCUCCGGGAGAAGGGCCACCGCCAGACGAUCCGCAUCCUGGCUGUGGUGGUUCUGGCCUUUGUAAUUUGCUGGUUGCCUUUCCACAUUGGCAGGAUCAUAUUUAUAAACACUCGGGACAUAAGGACGAUGUUGUUCUCCCAGUACUUUAAUAUAUUCGCCCUGCAGCUUUUCUACCUGAGCGCAUCCAUCAACCCUGUCCUCUACAACCUCGUUUCGAAGAAGUACAGGGCAGCAGCCUGCAGGCUGCUGCUGCCACGCCGAGCUGCAGAAAGAGCUUUCACGGUGACAAAAGACGCUGGGGGCUACACAGAGACCAGCGCCAGCACAAGGAACGAGUACACCACCAGCUUCUGAGACUGCACCCCGCACUCCUUCAGGCAUUCUCGCCUAAGGAAGGGAACUUCCUUCUCACGGCGGAGUCGCAAAAGGAUGGACGUUUGU